UUUGUGUUUACAUUGAUUGGUGUUGAAAUUCCAUUGUUUUUUCCUCAUGUUCGUCCGUACAGAAGAAACCAAAAUGAAUAUUCUCAAGAAUCGUUGUUCGUUACUCACAAUGAUCGAAGCUCACCGUCAACGAAGAAAUGCAUAAAUUCACCGGCAGAGAAUUUGUAGAACCCAUAACCGUUCUUCUUCUCCUCCGCCAUGGACGAUCUUCCGCCGCCGUUGGUUCUCGAAAUCCUGAAUCGAUUGGCCGAUUCCGCUGAUUUGGCUCGGUGCCGAGUGGCUUCCAAAUCUCUCAAUGUUCUCUCCCGCGAGGUCAGGUCAGUGAACCUCUUUUGUUCACUGGAUCGCUAUCUCAAGUCUAGGGCUACGGAGACGAAGUUGCUAGUAACGCCUUUCAAGGUCAUAUUGAAGACUCUGAUGAAUGAUUUUUUGGCUCUUGAUUCUGUGUCGAUCGGUGUGGAGAAGUCACUCGGACGGAUUUCGUAUGAGCACGAUGAUGUUGAGGAUUGGUCUGAUGAUUUGUUCUUGACGGAUGUUGGCUACGCUAAGGAAUGGCUGCCGGCCAUUGGGAGAAAUUUGACGUCCUUGUCGAUCGUUGAUUUUUGGGUUCAAUCUUGCUGGAGGCAAUCGAAGAUUUUGGCGCUAAUUACUUUGUGCUGCCGUAAUCUUCUGGAGCUUGAAUUAAAGAAUGCUUGGUUGUCGGUGGAUGGACUGCAUAGAAUGAAGUCCCUCAAAUGUCUGACCCUUGAAUUUAUAAGAUUAGAUGAUGAAGAUCUGAGUGAGGUUAACUGUAACUUCCCGCAUCUUGAAGUUCUUAAUUUGAUGGGGGUUGGAGGCCUAAACGAACCAAAAAUUCAUCUGUUGCACCUGAAAACUUGUAAAUGGAAAGUGUCGAAUGCUCCUGUUUCUCUGAGCAUAUAUGCACCAAGCCUUUCGAAACUUGAACUAAAGUGUGUCAAACCAAAAUCUCUAAUCAUUGAAACUCCCAUGUUAUCCGAUUUCCAUUUUUGUCUAGAAGAUGCAAGUGGGUUACAAGUUAAUGGAUUUCCUUGCUUGAGAAAGCUUCAUCUUCAUUCUCCGUGUCUUGACAGUCUCAUCACAACAUUUUCAUCUGCCAGAACUAUAAAGGAACUCACACUCGAUACAAUGCAGCGUGCUGAAUCUAUUGAAUCUGUUAAGUUUUGCCUUGAUACAGUGUUUGAAAUAUUUCCAAAUCUUAGCUUUCUUAAAUUGGGCCCUGGAGUUUUGUCAGAAGCAGAGACUUGUUAUCAAGCUGAAGGUUUAGAGGGACGGAUGGGGAUGAGAGAUUUGAAAAAGAUUCAUUCUAGCCUCAAAACCUACAAGAUUGAGGUAAAACUUCCGUUUAUCAUUUCCAUUUUGGAAAAAUGUACCGACCCCUUCGAUAUGGCAUUGCUUGUCUAUCACAAUGCUGAUUCUGACAUUACUGGUGGAAUCAUUCCAAAACGUGCAACUAAUCAUCCAAGACCAAGAUGGAGAUGGGAACUGUGGAAGGAAGGAUCAAUGGAAGCAUGGGCCAAGGGCAACUAAACUGGCAACUGCAAUUGACAAUUAUCAUAGUCGUUUACAAACUUUUGCUCCUGAAGGUGCCAAGCUUCAUAAGAAGAAAAGCCAAGUUAGGUUAAGCGAAGGCUUCCCUCUUUUGAAUUUGGCAGACUUAUGAGGUCUGUAAGAUUACCAAAGAGUUCAGUAGAUCAAUGGAAUGACCCAAAAGCAAUCCUGCUUAUGAUGCCGAGUCUGUAAAUUUUCUUUUUGUUCUUUUAUGUGCAGAUCUUUGCUUGAAGUCUCCUGUCGAUAUUUGGUUCGAGAAAAACUGUUUGCUGCUGCUGAGAAAUUAUACAUUGUUGAGAGAUCCGAAAAAAGGGCCACUUCUUUUGCACCUUCAUGUAAUACUCUACAAGGUAGCCUCAAUAAUUUGCAUGGAUCAGUGUGUAUAUAUUUCCAGCCAAAUAAUAACAUUUGUUCCCUACACAAGAUUAGAUAUCUGAUACCUCUUAUUUAGGUAUAGAAUGAUUAAUUUGUAUCAUAAACAAUGUCAUCCAUGAAUCUGAAUGAAAUGCUCAAUGAGUGUAUGGGGUUUACAUACUUAAAAGUAAUUCUGAUAGAGACAGUAAAGUCUAUAUUCUAUCUA